AUGGCUGCUCACCCACUGCAAGCUCUAGGGGAGGCAGUUGGCUCUGUGGGGAUCGACCCAAGGGCUAUGCAGCUGUCCUCACUCUUCCAAGGAGCCAACGAUGGCCCUGCGAGAACAGCUGCAAAAAUAACCGGUGUGCAAGGCGCUGGCAAAAGGGUGGAUGAUGGUCCAUACUUCACAAGCAACGAAGGCAUUCCCUUCCCAGAUGGAGCACACAGCAAGACUGUCGGAGGCAUCCCUGUGGCUUCUGAUAUUCACCUAUUCCAGAAACAGCAGCACUUCAACCGUUCCAAGAAUCUGGAGAGAAUGGUUCAUCCUUGUGGCAGUGGAGCAUUCGGGUAUUUCGAGGUCACUAAAGAUGUUACUCCGUAUUGCAAGGCCGACUUUCUGAAAAGCGUUGGCCUCAGAACUCCCGUGUUCACACGUUUCUCAACAGUCACCUUGGGUCGCGAGUUUCCCGAUCUGGCUAGAAACCCUCGUGGAUUUGCCGUCAAGUUCUACACAGGAGAGGGCAACUAUGAUAUCGUUGGCUUGAACUUCCCUGUGUUCUUUUGCCGCGAUCCCAUCCAGGGGCCGGAUGUGAUCCGCUCUCAGUACCGCAACCCGCAGAACUUCUUGCUUGACCACAAUUCUCUGUUCGAUCUCCUUGCCCACACGCCAGAGGGUAACCAUGCAGGAAUGAUGUUCUUCAGUGACCAUGGUACUCCCCAGGGAUGGAGACAUAACCACGGAUACGGAUGCCAUACCUUUAAAUGGGUCAACAAGAAUGGCGAGUUCGUGUAUAUCAAAUACCACUUCCUCGCCAACCAUGGCCAGAAACAGUUCACUGCCGACGAAGCAAUGAGACUCAGCGGUGAAGAUCCUGAUUACUCAAAGCGUGACCUCUGGAAGGCCAUUGAGAACGGCGAAGAGAUUACCUGGACUGCACAUGUCCAGAUCAUGCAGCCGGAUGAAGCUGAUGCUGAUAAGCUUGGCUUCGACCCCUUCGACGUCACCAAGGUGUGGCCAAAGAAUAAGUUCCCGUUGCACGAAUUCGGCAAGCUGGUGUUGAACCGUAACCCUGAGAACUUCCACAGAGACGUGGAGCAAGCUGCGUUUUCCCCGGGCAGCAUGGUCCCGGGAAUCGAAGACAGCCCAGACCCUCUCCUUCAGUUCCGUACCUUCUUCUACCGUGAUGCCCAACUCCACCGUAUUGGAGUCAAUUGGCAUCAAGUGCCCGUGAAUUGCCCAUUCAUGGCCUCUUCAUACUCCUCCUUGAACUUCGACGGCCAAAUGAGAGCAGACGCAAACCACGCCGGCAACCCGCAGUAUGCACCAAACAGCUUCGUGAACAAGUUCCGUCCUGAUGCCGCCGAAGCUCCGUACCAGGUUGCCGAUAAUACGGUGAGCCGUAAGUCGCACUUCUGGCACGAAGGCAGCCCCACCGAGUACGAGCAGCCUCGCAUGCUGUAUGAGAAGGUGAUGGACAGCAAGGCCCGAAGCCAUCUCCACGCGAAUACCGCCGCUGCAUUGAAGAAAGUGGACUACCCCCAGAUCCAGGUGAAAUACCUGGCACAGCUAUUCCGAGUGUCCCCUCAGUAUGCCAAGGGUGUGUUCGAGCUGUUGCCGAAGCCAUCGUUUACUUUCGACGAGGUGGAAAAGACUUCGAAGGAGGCUGAGAAGAUGGGCAAGGAGCAGAAAUUCUGUCCCAGUGCGAAGACGGAUAAGUUGGUUGGGAAGUGUCCGGUGGGAAAGGUCUACAAUUCUUAG